AUGACAUCCGGGACUACGCAUCACCUGAGGGACCUCGCCAUUUCCAAGGCAAAGGAGAACUAUAUCACCAGAGAACCAUUUGAUAUCCCUCAUGACGAAGAGGAUAGUAUACUCGAUCUAGGUAAUACUUGUAAACGGUCUGGUAUUCAUAAUCUGAACCGAACUGGCUACCAAGAGGAUAAAUGUCGCAAUGUGCUUGUAAGAUACUGUGCACAUAUCCCGAGAAACUACCAGUACAAAGACGGUAUUCAACAGAUCUUUCUCAUUUUACGUGAACAUCUUGGCGACGAGAAUCUCGAUCUUGCUGGUGGUGUGCUUUAUGAACUGAUUGAGGUCGACUGUGAACACUCAGACGACCCGGGCGCGGCCUUUCAACGAUGGAAGCAUGACCAUUUGCGUAGAUAUGCCGACCUCGAGCUCCCUCAUGUUCCUCAUAUGACCACGAUAACUUCAUCCAUCAUUCCUACCAAGCGGCUAUCACAGUGGAGAUUGACACAUCCAAACAGAUAUCCUUUCGUAUUGUCCGAUUCAUCUCCUUCAACUGAUAGGGCAUCAGUUGACCCUAGCUGUAUACGGCACCGAAAGGCAUGGAUGAUUGACCAUACACUAUACAUAUCAUCACGAAAUGAUGGUACUCGCCCACUCAAUAGUCCAAACCCGAAAGAAUUCCAUGAGAGGCAGUGGGACAACGAGUAUGGAUCUCAAGGCAGACUUAUCGAAGAGCGAGAUGUACCCAUUACCUCCUUGGGCCGACCCAGCGAAACGUCACCCCCAGGUACCGCAGACAAUCUUCUCAAUUCCUCGAGCCACCGAAAGGGAUUGCGGCGUUACUCCUCCGGAUUUAGUCUCCUUCAAAGGCUAAUGAAUAGUAUCUCUCAGCAUAGACUUAAUCUUGGGACUAUACGGAAACGACGUACUUGGAGGCCAGGUGCUCUUAUAUUCCAGCAGGCACCUCCACCUCCUGAGGAUAAAGAAGCCAGUACUGGUGUCACCACAGUACCCCUUCCAAUCGGCUGCCAAGUACCAAAUGCGAUCUUCGCCAGAAAGUACUCAUUGGUCCAGGCCAGCGAUUCGCUACCCGAAUCCCUUGCUUUGAGACAUAUGCCUACUGCUGAAUCAAAGGCGACCGAUACAAUAUUAGAAGCUGUAACUCAUGGGCUGCUCGACAAGGAACAGCCCUGGUUGUUUCGUGGCCCCUUCACACCACAACUAGGUUUUGAUGGAGGGCUGGACUAUCAGUGGACUCCUCAGGAGCCAACUAUUACUUUCAGAAGUUUCCACGUGGAUACCCUAGCCCAAGAUAUGACCGACCUAAACCUCGGUAGUGACUCAGAAGGAGGAAAGCUAAAAAGAAAAGAAAAUUAUGUGGCCCUGAAGCGGACUUCGACAAAACGACAAGGGAUCGUUUUCGGCUUAGCUGCGGGAGUCAAUGGUAACGAUGAUGGCUCUAUUCAAAGAUCUCCAAACUACACCAUCUCGAGCAGGCUUACAUACGGCGAUCCAAGCAUAGCCAUACCACGCGGAAUUAAUGGAACAGUGUGCGUAUCGCUACAGGCAGAUAAACCUUUGACUCCAACCACCCAAGGAGACUUGAUGCUCCAGACUUCUAAAGGGGGCGAGUCAUCAAGUACAGGAAGGCAAAACUGUGCAUUUCGCCGCCGAGAUUCAUCGCUUUUCCAGAACAUUGAGUUCACAAUACCGAUAAAAGGCCCCGAAUUGGAAAACCCAACACCGCACCGGAAGAUUACCAUGAUUGAGUUAGAGCCGAGCCAUAACCCGCCCAUUUCCAAUCAUGACCAUGAUAGAGUGAUUGAAGCUGCGGAUGCUGAAUGUUUCUAUGAUAUCAAGGAAGAGAAAGGGAGCGCUUCAGGGCUUAAUGAGCCAGCUGCUCAUGCGAGGUCAGAUGAACCCUGUUUCUGCGGGGUGUCUCAGGAGAUGACGGCCGAGAAGCUUUGCCCGCGGAAGUUCAAUGAAAGAGAUGGCUGGAAAGGCCGGGGUCUACAAUAUCGUCAACAAGGAAACGAUCUGCUUUCGCAGUAACGCUUAUACACUACAUGUCUGAGGCACAUUUAUAGGAUGAUGAGCCUAGCAUGUUCUUAGAUUUAAAUAGACCUUCC